UUGUGCGUAUGCACCAGUGUGUAUGUAUGUACUCCUGCCACAAUAAUUUAGCUCGUAGUACUAUGUACAUAUGUACAUAUACUGGACAACUUCGUAGUGUGUGCAAACUCACAAUGAAUUGACGUCCACGAUUAUAUGUCAAGUUCAAUUAAAUGUCAAAUAUUAAAGCAUGGAUGUUGCGGAUAAUGCCGAUGGAUCUUUAGAUCCUCGUAUACAGAUCGAGCUGGAGAACUUGAAUGAUGCGACAGAUGACAUAAAUAAACUUGAAACAGAAUUAAAUGAAGCUCAUACUGCAUUUAGGCAGUUAUUGUCCGAAACCACAAAGAGAUUAAAGGAUAUCAUAAACAAAGUAGGAAACAGUUGUGUUGAAAAAACAAGAUGUUAUUAUGAUGCACUUGAAGUUGCACGUCGUGCUCAGGUACAAUGUCAACAACAAGCUCAAUUAUUUCAAAGAGCAAACGAAAUUCAUGCAGCAGCAAAAGAAACUGUAGCUGUAGCUGAAAGCAGAUUUAUGUCGCAUCAACAUGAAUGGAAUUUUGACCAGGCAUGGCAAGAUAUGUUAAACCAUGCAACUCUUAAAGUAAUGGAUGCAGAGAAUCAGAAAGCAGAAUGCGCUAGAGAGCAUCAUAGACGAGCAAUACUGUUUCAUGAUGCUGAGAAAAGAUUACUGCAAUUAGAAGAAAAACAUCAUCGUGCUAUAAUAAAAGCACGACCGUACUUUGAAGUGAAAGCUCAAUGUGAUCAAAUGUUAGAAACACAAAAAGAGAGAGUUGAAUGUAUACAGAAAGCAAUACAAGUCGCAAAAACUAAUUAUGCCACAAGUUUGCAUAGAUUAGAAGAAAUUAGUAAUCAAAUACAUCAACAACGGCGAGAUAAUGAUUUUAUAGCUAAUGGUCCUCGAGAACCGGGUGUUGGUGCGGAACUAGUUAGUCCACAAAAAUCUCUAAACUAUGAUAUAGAAUUUAAUCAACUAAAUGACAAUAGAAUAAAAGAUAUUACGACCCAUCAUCUUAAUAAGUGUGAUAGAGUCCAAGAAUAUGUUAGUAAAAUAAAUGCUUGCCAAUUGCAAGAAGAUACAGAACAUCUCGGGAAAAGAUCAGUCGAUGGAAGCGAAACAAUAUCUUCACAGUGGGAAUUAGAACUACAGGCUAACAUGAAAAAACUGAGCAAUUUGUCUCUCGAAAAUCCUGAUGACACCGACAGUAAGAAAUUACGAUUUUAUAAUGAAGACAAUACAAAAUCAAAUAAUUUUACAUCAGGAUUAAAUAGUAAUUUUUCACAGACAAGAGAACUGUCUAUACAUAGUUUAAAUCAGUUUCAAAAAUUAUUAAAGAAUCUACAGGCUUUAAAAAAUCCAUUGGCCAAUAUAUCUUUACCAUCAUCUGCUGAAGGAUCAAAUACAGCAAAAGAUCCAACUGUUGACCCUGCGGUAUUAAACAAACGCAAAUUUAAUUUUAAAGAUAGUAUAUCGAAAUCGUUAAGUAAUAGUCCAAUAAAAAUGAAUCUAAUCAGAUUAGGGUCAACGUCCUCUGGAGGUGUGGAAAGUACAACAAAAUAUGUGCCAAAUAAAAACUCCAAAUUUGGCUUUAAUAAUAACAAACUGGAAAGCAAUAGUGACAUUAAUUUAUCUUUGAAUCAUGAUAUCAGUUCCGUAGGAAAAUAUCAAAGCAUGAGUGAUAUUUUAGAUAAUAAGACUGAUGAUCUUGAAUUAAAUAAACAAAUUUCAAAUUUUAAAUAUACUGACGCUCAUAAGCAUGAUAUAUAUACUGCAAAAAACUUAAAUAGUGCACAACUGAAUACACACAAUAAGAUGGACUUACAAUUACAGGAAGAAGUAGUAUCGAUAAAGAAGUGGUUUAAAUCUAAUUCUUUGCAAUUUUUAUCUCAUAGUGCCAGUUCAUCCUCAGUAAACUUAAAACAAAUCACUAAUGAUUGUAACAAUCAUUUGACUACUAAAGGGGCAACAACAAAAACACCAAAUGAGCUACCAUUGCUACUGUUGCUUGAUAAACAACAUUUGUUAACAAAUGGUAAAGGCAAAAGUUGUAGUAUGAUUAAUUUAAAUGAUAAACACAACCGUGUGUUACUAGACAAUUUACAUUUAACUAAUAUUAGACCUUUGAGUAUUGAAAACUUGACAAACUUUGAAAAUAAUGUAUAUUCCGAAAUUUCUUAAUAAGAAUUAAAAGGUUACAAUCAAAUACAAAAGAAAUGUGAUAAUCUGUAUAAUAAACUUAACACGUGAUCAUUCUGGAAAAAUUGAUAGGUCAUCGUGGAUAAAUAUCAUUACUUUAAUUUUGCAGAUAUGGUUCACGCUAUACUUUCUUCAGUGAUGUAAGAACUAAAUAGUAUUAAUUUUACAAAC